AAUGAUGGAUAACCCACUAGUGGUUCGGAAUGGCCGGCUGUUCGUGACUUGUUUUGUGCUCUCAAUGUCCUUUCCUGGAAGUUUAUUGUUUGUUGCUAUUACUACUUUUUGAGCCUGGGUUUUGCUAUGCAAGUGCUAACCGCAAAUAAUGAAAACACAGCUUGGUAAUAUGUAAAAAUACAUUAGACUUUUGGCUUAUGCAUUUUCAUAUGCGAAGAGAAUGUAUAUAUAACUAGGAUUCGUAACUUGUUUUUUGCAUAAAGAUUUUAUUAAUGCAUUAUAAUAAGCAAACAAAUCAGGUAUAUCAUUAACGCUAUAAUCUUUCCUUGCUUUCAUAAUCCUUACCUGAACCACGAUAUAGUAGCCUCAAUUGGAGGGUGCCCCAAGUCAACCAUUUCCUCCACGAACUAUAUUCCAGCCUUGACUUGCUGCGCCCUAUAAAAGCCAAAUAUUAAAGUAUAAAACUCUUGACAGUAGACACUGCGUGUGUAUUUGGUAAUCCGUUAAAAAAAAAAAAGAAUCGCGAUUAGAAUGUGAAAAGUUGAAUAAUUCAACCGUACCAAAAUUGUCAUCAAGGAGCAAACUCUAUUAGGACCCACUUUAAACCGAAGCUAAAAGUUGUUGUUUCAAUGAAUGAGCUUUAGUAAGGGCCUUACGUUGGGGGCCAACACUAUAUGGGUCUUGGGUCAUCAUGUUCUCGGAUAUACGCCAACCAUGUCUUCCUAGUUUCCGCGACCAAUUAUCGCAGUUCUACUACCACCCCAUUUCACCUUCGUUGGCUCCAAUCAUGCUCCUUAUAUCACUUCACCUUAUCCAAUGGCCCACCACCACUGGGUACCCUUCAUGCCCUCUACGUCAAGAAUGGCUCUCUUCAAACUUUGAACCCGGCUAACCAUCUUUUGACUCUGUAUGCCAAAUCCAACAACAUGGCCCAUGCCCAGAAGCUGUUUGAUGAAAUUCCCCAGAGAAACACUCAUACAUGGACCAUCCUUAUAUCGGGUUUUGCCCGAGCGGGCUCUUCAGAAAUGGUCUUUAACCUUUUCAGAGAAAUGCAGGCAAAGGGUGCUUGUCCAAAUCAAUAUACCUUGUCCAGUGUCUUCAAGUGUUGUUCACUUGACAACAAUCUUCAAUUGGGCAAGGGAGUCCACGCGUGGAUGCUCAGAAAUGGGAUUGAUGUAGAUGUUGUGCUGGGGAACUCUAUUCUUGAUCUUUACUUGAAAUGCAAGGUUUUUGAGUACGCAGAAAGGUUGUUUGAGUUGAUGAAUGAGGGGGAUGUUGUGUCGUGGAAUAUCAUGAUCGAUGCGUAUCUGCGUGCAGGAGAUGUGGAGAAGUCUCUUGACAUGUUCAGGAGAUUGCCUUACAAAGAUGUCGUAAGUUGGAAUACGAUCGUAGAUGGAUUGCUGCAAUGUGGUUAUGAAAGACAUGCAUUAGAACAACUCUAUUGUAUGGUGGAAUGUGGGACUGAGUUCUCUGCAGUCACUUUCUCCAUAGCUCUUAUCUUGGCUUCCUCUUUAUCACAUGUGGAGCUUGGGAGACAACUUCAUGGGAUGGUCUUAAAAUUUGGCUUUGAUAGUGAUGGCUUUAUAAGGAGUUCACUUGUAGAAAUGUAUUGUAAGUGUGGGAGAAUGGAUAAGGCGUCUAUAAUUCUCAGAGAUGUUCCUCUGGAUGUCCUGAGAAAAGGGAAUGCUCGAGUUUCUUAUAAGGAACCAAAGGCAGGAAUUGUUUCAUGGGGUUCAAUGGUUUCUGGCUAUGUUUGGAAUGGGAAGUAUGAAGAUGGUUUGAAAACUUUCAGGUUAAUGGUUCGUGAACUGGUUGUAGUGGAUAUUCGAACUGUUACAACCAUUAUUUCUGCUUGUGCUAAUGCUGGAAUUUUGGAAUUUGGAAGGCAUGUUCAUGCUUACGUUCAGAAAAUUGGGCAUAGAAUAGAUGCUUAUGUUGGUUCUUCCUUAAUUGAUAUGUAUUCUAAAUCUGGUAGCCUGGAUGAUGCAUGGAUGGUUUUCAGACAAAGCAAUGAACCCAACAUUGUCAUGUGGACUUCAAUGAUAUCUGGCUAUGCGCUACAUGGUCAAGGAAUGCAUGCGAUUGGUCUUUUUGAAGAAAUGUUGAAUCAGGGUAUUAUACCAAAUGAGGUUACUUUUCUAGGGGUUUUAAAUGCAUGCAGCCAUGCAGGGCUGAUUGAAGAAGGCUGUAGAUAUUUUAGGAUGAUGAAAGAUGCUUAUUGCAUCAACCCCGGAGUUGAACACUGUACUUCUAUGGUUGAUCUUUAUGGUCGAGCGGGUCACUUAACUAAGACAAAAAACUUCAUUUUCAAAAAUGGUAUCUCUCACUUGACUUCUGUGUGGAAAUCAUUUUUAUCAUCUUGUCGACUUCAUAAAAAUGUUGAAAUGGGAAAGUGGGUUUCUGAAAUGCUACUUCAAGUUGCACCAUCUGAUCCAGGAGCAUACGUUUUGCUAUCAAAUAUGUGUGCUUCUAACCAUAGAUGGGAUGAGGCUGCCAGGGUAAGGAGUUUAAUGCAUCAAAGAGGGGUGAAGAAGCAGCCUGGGCAAUCUUGGAUUCAACUAAAGGAUCAAAUCCAUACUUUCGUCAUGGGAGAUAGGUCUCAUCCUCAAGACGAUGAGAUAUAUUCAUAUCUGGACAUUUUAAUUGGAAGGUUAAAGGAAAUUGGAUAUUCCUUUGAUGUGAAACUUGUCAUGCAGGAUGUAGAAGAAGAACAAGGGGAAGUACUUAUUAGUCAUCACAGUGAAAAACUUGCAGUUGUCUUUGGCAUCAUUAACACUGCCAAUAGGACCCCAAUUCGAAUUAUAAAGAACCUCCGCAUUUGUACAGAUUGCCAUAACUUCAUUAAGUAUGCUUCUCAGCUUCUAGAUCGUGAAAUAAUUGUAAGAGAUAUUCAUAGGUUCCAUCAUUUUAAGCAUGGUAGUUGCUCUUGUGGAGAUUAUUGGUGACAAAGGUAAAAUAUACAAUUACUGAGUCUACAAUAUAGUCUUGAAGUCCUGAAAUCACUCAUCAGAACAUAGUUUCUACAUGUGAAACUUGGUGCAGUGGAGUAAAAAGAUAGCAGGGAAUCUUCUAACUUGUUGGUUCCGGGAUACAUUAAAUGUAUGGUUCAUAUUUUCUACAUUUUUUAUUUUUAUCAUAAGAUCCAA